AUGUCUUUUACAAGCUCUUCUCCGGCUCGAGCAGCGAGUAUUCCUCGACCAGUCCAUCCUUCUCUAAAACGCAAACGCAGUCAAACUCCAAUUCCAAGCUCUUCGGCCUCCAAUAGAGCUCGCGAUUUGGACGGCGUUCUUCUGAAAUCUCGCAAAAUUGCUGAAGUUGAGGUUGUGGAGCAUUCACUUUCGGGUUGGGUUGCUCUCAAAUUUAUACCACGCGCCAUUGAGUCACCAGAAGAUGAAAUCGCAGAUUCGGAAAAUGAUUACGACGAAGAACUCUCCGAAUCCUCCAGCAGUGUCACAUCGAAGCAUUCUCAUCGCGAACGAAGCGCUGAUAUAGCCGAAUCUUCCGCUACUGCAACUCCCGUCGGCACACCGGUCCUUCAAAACGCAGUUCUCCCUUUCAAGAGACGACAAUUGGAGGAUAUUUGGGAUAUUGACGGUCUCGAUAUAAACGCCGUCAUGACAAAAGGAGCCAUUACCAAGUUCACGAAAAAGCAAGAGAUGAAGAUCCUGCUAUGGAUGAAGGUUAAUGGAGCGCGAGGUAUCACGGGCCACACAAACUCAUUCAACAUGCUUCUUGCUGAGCUAGGAUUUGCUGAACAAGGUCAUGAGAAAAAUGUUGAAGAUGUGUUGCGCCUCAAAGUCAACCAAAGAAUGAAGAGCAACUAUACGGCAUUGAAGGCUAAAGGUAUCGUGGAGGAUGCGAAGACCCACUCUGGCACAGCCAAGGACAACCUCUCAAUCAAAUUUGCGGCCUAUACGGAAAUCUGGCUCAGGAAAGACUGGGAUGGUGUUGUUGAGUGUCCAAUCUCCUAUUUCGCGGAGACGAUCGAGUUAGACCACGAGGUCGACUCUGAUGCGUAUCUUCUCGACAAUACACCAGAAGUCUUCGUUGUCGAAGAGCCAAUGGUACCAAAGCCGCCGCCUCCUGCGCCUAAGCGACGCACAUCAAAGACUAAGGGUACUCGUGUCACUCAAGUUCCUGUUGAAGUUGCUGUUGAGAUUCCUGAGAUUGAUGUCAUGAAGGGUAUACACGAUGCUUGGACUGCAGGUUUUGCAGAAAUGGCUACACUUGUUAACCCCAAUGACCCCCAGGAUCUCCUGACGAAGUCUGCGAUCUACGCAUCAGAGUGGAAUGUCGCGGCAGUUCAGGCCCAGUAUGCUGGAGUCGAUAUGCCGAAGAAGAUCAUCUUGGAUGAGGCUUUAGAUGGUCUCCUUGAAUCUUCCGGAGAAGACGAAGCAGAAUCUGAGAACGGAAUGGCAGGUUUGGGAGGAUUUCAUACAAAUCGCUCUCAAAGCUCCAGACAAGAUCCAGCCACUGUGUACGCCAUGGUCGAUCCUUUACAUAUCUCGUCUCCAGAGUCAACUCCCGAACCUCGUAUUUUGACACAGGUCAAAUCACCAGCGAAUCGACUACGACUCCUUCUCAAGAAUUUUGGAGACACCGGUACUCAAAGGGCCAAUUCAAGCGACAACUUGGACGACGAGCUCAGUGAUGGCGAAGCAAGUUCUGACCAUGAGUCCAACGAUGAAGAUGCCCAUGCAGAGAGAGAUGAAGAUGUCGAGGAGAUCGCUGCUGAGGACGAAAUGUCUGGUCAGGAGGAAGACUUCGCCGACGAAGAAGACAAUGGAGAAGAAAACAACUACUUCGAACCUCCAUUGACCGGCACUACGGUAUCAUUCCUCUCAACCGACUUCGAGAUUCCAAUCUCUCCUCGGGUAGCAAUUGCAAGCCAGCAAGCAGCUCUUCAGGGAUCUGGAAUGGGCAUCGGCACACCUUACGAGAUCAUUCCGCUCACCUGCGAAACAUACAAGGCUUGGAAGUCUCAGAUCCACGCUCUGCUUCUGGCUCAAGGUGUCUGGGGCGUCAUUUCUGGUGAUGACCAAUCGCCUAUCCCAUACUCGCUCGCCGAUGAUGAAGAAUUCGACAAAGCAUGGGCUGAGCACCAGAGAGAGUCAAGAGAAUGGAGAAGAAAGACGGGUGUCUGUGUGGGCUGGAUGUUGCUGACUAUGGGAGCAGAAGUUAGAGAUGCUAUUAAUGCGCAGGGUGUUGAGGAUCCGAUCAAGCUUUGGUCGAUGUUGAGAGAUGAGUUUGAGGUUCUGGGAUGA